UCGCGCUCUCGCGCCAAUUCGCGCGACUCCCGCCCAAAUUGACAACUACUUAAAAAUCGAACGCGAUCUAUCUUUUUAGUUCUUUUUUCGAAUUUGAAACUUUUUAAAUCGCGCGUUAGUAGUGGCGUCGCGGAGGACUUGCUAAUUAAAAAUUUUGAAAACGAAACGUGUUCAUUUGCAUUUUUGCAAAAAUUAAUUUUUAAGUAUAAAAAUUUCUUUGAAAGCAUGUGAAUAGAUUUCGACGACACGUCAACCCGGAUCAUCGUUCAACAUCAGUGAACAAAUAUAUAAGGCAAAAGCAUCGAGUAUAAUUCGGCCACAUGAGAAGUCGACUCGCUUGACAAAUAACUGGUGAAUUUAAACAAAAGGCGAUUUGGGAACGUGUUAAACGUUUCUGCCACUAAUCACGGCGCGUAACCGUGUUUCAAAAAUAAAACGCCGCCGAUUCGAAACCGGAGCAUCUCGAAGAACAUCCCGCCCUCGUGAUCUAGUUUACGUAAUUAGUUCUUAGAAUAUACAGUUUUACAGCAACAACGUUCAUAAUUGUACUGCAUCACUACCGAUGACCACAUUCCGAGGCGAGGCUCGAAGACACCACGCCGGGGACAUGACCAAUAAAUGAGCCGCACCCAAACACACGCCGAAUUAUGAAACGUAGAAAAUAUGACACAAUGAUAUCUUUGCUGAAGUUCAUUAAAAUACCAAAAAAAGUACAUCAGCACAAACGACGCCUCUGAUGCAAUGAGACGAAGAUUCGCCAACACACUGCCAAUCUAACAAGUGCCUUACGAACAUCGAACUGUAAACAAACGAACAAUUUAAACAUUAAAAAAAACUUAUUAAGACAAUCGCUGGUGCUUCGAAACAAUAAAUAGAUUAAACGAGACAAAAAUAAUGUUAGUCGAGGUGACGAGACAAAGUGUGAGAUCGGACUCAAGCAUUUAAAAUGUUAGACGUUUUUCGUGGUUUAAAAAAUCUUAUAAAGGUGAACUAUGUGCACAUCGACUCGCCCGUGUUCCGGCUGCACUACUCCAUUACGGUCAUCCUGCUGAUCUCGUUCAGCCUGAUCGUGACGACGCGUCAGUACGUCGGCAACCCCAUUGACUGCAUCCACACCAAGGACAUCCCAGAGGACGUGCUCAACACCUAUUGCUGGAUCCACUCCACCUACACGCUCAAGAGCUUCUUUAACAAGAAGGUGGGCGUCGAGGUGCCCUACCCCGGCAUCGGCAACAGCCGCGAGAAGGGCAAGGAGGACAUGAACGACAGGAAGAUCUACAAGUACUACCAAUGGGUCUGCUUUUGCCUAUUUUUUCAGGCGAUGUUGUUCUAUGCACCGCGUUGGCUGUGGAAGUCCUGGGAGGGGGGCAAGAUCCGCGCCCUCAUGAUGGACCUCGACGUCGGGGUCUGCACAGAGAUAGAAAAGAAGACGAAGAAGAAACUAAUCCUGGACUACCUGUGGGAGAACCUGAGGUACCACAACUGGUGGGCCUACAGGUACUACCUCUGCGAGUCGCUUGCCCUUAUCAAUGUUAUAGGGCAAAUGUUCCUGAUGAACCGGUUCUUCGACGGCGAGUUCAUGACGUUCGGGCUGAAGGUGAUCGCGUACAUGGAGUCAGACCAGGAGGACCGCGUCGACCCCAUGAUAUAUGUCUUCCCCAGAAUGGUGAAAUGCACGUUGUUCAACAAGUUCGGUUCGUCGGGCGAAGUGGAGCGGCACGACGCGCUCUGCAUUCUGCCGCUGAACGUCGUCAACGAGAAGAUCUACGUCUUCCUCUGGUUCUGGUUCGUCAUCCUCGGCGUCCUCACCUUCAUCACGCUUGUGUACCGGCUGGUGAUCAUCUUCUCGCCGCGAAUGCGCGUCUACAUGAUGCGCAUGCGCUUCCGGCUCGUGCGGCGCGACAAUGUGGACACGAUCGUGCGCCGCAGCAAAAUGGGCGAUUGGUAUUUGCUUUACAUACUCGGCGAGAACCUCGACUCGGUCAUCUUCAGGGACAUCAUGCACGAGUUCGCCAACAAGCUGAACCACAACUACCAGCACCACAUUCACGGCGUCCCGGACGCGUGACCUCCGAUCCCAGGGUGGGUGUUCCACACCUGACUGACGUCUCUGCAGCGGCACCUGGAGCCGCCCGUGUGAGGCGCGCCCGGCCCGGCUGACCGCGCUCGCUCUGGACAAUGCAUUUGUGGUGUGAAUCGAAUGUAUCAAAGACUCUCUCAUCUGUUCGUUGCAAUGGUAAAAGUGCAAUUGUAAACACGCAAUAAUAGAAUGUACUUAAAGUAUAAGAACGUGAUCUCAGGAGGAACCUUACCGCAGACCUUGUGAAGUCGACAGACGCGAUCCCGUUAGGAUAACUAGUGUUCAUCUUUUAGACGUAUUUUACUGAUAGUUUCGCUGCUCGUAGUAACUGUUUGUGGAGACGCUUUAUUUCUUUCUAUUCUAGCUGGUAAUUGAAGAUAAGCACACGGAUAGCACACAACUUAUCAUUUACACGAAUGAUCACUCGCCAUGGAUUUGAUAGACCAAAUGAAAAUAAAGCAAUAAUUAAAUAAUGCUCGUUUGUAUAGGAUUAAUGGGAGUUAACUUUAAUUGGAUUUAAAUCUAUUUGCCAAAUGACGUCUUCCUAUGUGGAUGUAUGUGACGACGUUGUUCACUUUUGCGGGCCAAAAGACAUUUAUACGUUUAAUUUAAAGAAUAUUGAAAUGAGCGACUAAGUUUUCUAACUUGCAUUUCGUUUUGCAUUUUAUUGAAAUGAUUACAUUAUGAGAUGUUAUUAUUUUCUCGUUUGAAUAUAUAGCUGCUCACUUGAAUAUACUUUAAUCUACUGAUCUAAUGUUAUAUACUCUAUGCUUACUUCAAACGUCGACUGGCUUUUAAGUGUUCAUUUUCUCUUUGAUUUUUAUACAUGAUCGGAUUUUUGAUAUGUUUUCCAUAAUUUAUGACCAUAAUUAUAUUUAUAAACUCCCAAAGUAAUAUAUUUAUAAAAUGUAAAUUAUUUUCUUUUCGAAUUCUUGCAACUAAUUUGAAAGUAUAUAAUAUUUGGGAAGACUUAGUUGUGAGUAAUUUGUUCGCACGUGUUGAGGAGGCGACGACGCGAGUUCGACGAGGACAUGUUGUGUUUGUUGUAGACGAUAUUUUUAUGCAAAAAGGUUGUUUGCCUCUAACUAUAUAAACGGUACUAGCUAAGUGCAAUAUUGUUUUUCUUAAGUUCUUCGUUGUAACUUAGACAUCUGGUAUUAAUAAAUUAUUUAUUUGAACCGUUUAGGUGUCAAUUUUAGUAUUGUAAGUAAAUUAGAGAAUUCAAACGAUUAGUUCAAAAAGAUUCUGAUGCGAUUUUUUUUGCAGACAUAUUGUUAAAUAGUCUUAUUAGGUGUUAGUUCUUUUUCUACUUGUUUAGAUAAUCCAAAGAAUGUUUGUUUGGAUACCUAAAGUUAACGGAGGGUUAAAGUUACAAUAUUAGCGGAAACUUUCCGCUUCUAAGCAUUUACAAAAUCAUUAAAUUAACGAGACUUUUUUUCUUAUAAACAUAUAAUUCAGUAAAAUAAGAAUUGUUAAGACGGCUGGAAAGUUUUCGCUGGAUCGUAUUUAAACAUAUGAUGUCUUUACCAAAGAAAUGUGUAUGAAUCAGUGGAGCAAUAGAGUGAAAUAUUCAGUAUUUUAUGAUAGAUAACAACGCCAAAUACCGUGCCAAAUAUAAAUAACUCUAGUGAGGGCAAUAUUAUAUAAAAACAAGAAAAUUAUCGUGGAAAGUAACGAAUAAA